AUGGCAUCCUAUCCACCCGGAUAUUACUUUUAUCCCGGAUAUGAUGCAACGCAAGAAAAAGAAGCGAAAGAAUCCACUCCUUCACGAACAGAUCGAAAACCAGUGACAACACCCAAAACACCAAAGAAACAUGUUAAAACAUCAAAUCCACUUUCAGCCAGUGGGGUUCUCGGUGGAACAGGAAUAUCGCACAUUGGUGGCGGAUCGAAGAAGAAGAAAGACGUGACAACAACAAUAAAGCAUCAUAAUGCGGCAAAUUUAUCGAAGAGUGUUGAUAUCGCUACUGAUCACGGUCUAGCGGAUAAAGACAUUUUACGAUCGGUUAGAGUCGAUCAACGAUCAAAUCUACUACGUAAUCCAGUUGAAAAAAAUAUGCCAAGAGUAACCGUUGACAGCUCCUUAUUCAAAGACCUCAUCGAAGCGAAUAAACCUCAAGUUGAAGAGAUAGAAGAACAAGAGCAAGAAGAGUUUGAACAGACAGAGGAUCAAUUGGACGUCGACAAUGAUAACGAUACUGCGAAAAUCAAAGCUAAAACAAAACAAGAUAAACAAACGAAGAAAGCAGAUGAAGUUCCACUUGAUCCAAGCAUGUACCCGGUUUAUUUACCUAAUGGGGAAAUCUAUCAACCGCCACAAACGAUCGCCAGCAGACAGUCAAAAUCUAAGAAAGAUAUUGAUGAUUAUUGGAAAAAGGAAAUACUUAUUGAUAAUAAUACUGGAGAAGUUGCAAUUGAACCUAUUGACUAUGAUGACGAUACGUAUGAUGGCCCGUUUGGCAUGGCUCGUCGUGGAUCAUAUAUCUAUUACAGCGUUUUGGUUAUAUUAGCAAUGUUAGCGGUUGCAAUUAUUUUACUUAUUCUCAUCGGUGUUUGGCAUCAAAAGCGUAUGAAAGAAAAACCGAGACCACCACCAAGAACUAUCAUGAAACAUCGUGAAUCAAUUGUUGCUCCACCAUAUUCAUCGAAUACCUAUGAACCCGCACUACCCCCGAUUGGUGGACCCUCUUAUCAAGAGUAUGGUGUUAUACCAGCCCCUCAGCAACAAUACAUACCCCCAUCGUCGUAUCAAGUGGACUAUUUUGGACAACCGAUGACGAACGAAGAUUUGUUACAACAGAAUGGUUUUGCGGCCACUGCUUAUGAACCUGUUUUGUGGACAUCGAGUGUCGAUUAUCAUCCAGUACAACAGACCACAGAAUGGCCAUCGCAACGACGAACGGAACAACGGUUUGAUAAUCUAUUUCCAAACUCAGUUGUAACUGAAGAACCAUUACCCGUGCUAAAAAAGGCACCAGAAACAAGUGAAACGAUGAGAAUGUUGGCUAGACACAGACCCUAUUCUCCCAUAAGACGUUCUCAAAGUCAAGCUACUCCUUCGACAAAUAAUCGAGUAAAACCGACCGAUAGCCAUCAUCGAGAAAGACGACAUAAGGCACAAGAUUUACAAGAGGAUUUUAGUAUGAUAUCAAAUGAUAAUCAUUCAUAUCGAAAUCAUCAUCAUCGUCAUCAUGGCCACCAUCAUCAUUCUGAACAUCCAAGGCAUCACACACACACUCAUCAUCACCAUCGCCACUGGAGACGAUCGUCACCUUCAAUAGUUUCCUAUAACAGCGAAACUAAACUCAUCGAUCCGCCACGAAUAAUCAGUACACAAACAUCGGCAAAACCUCCGCCGUCCAGAACAGUUGUAGUUAAAGAUGCUGGAACAGGCACAAUGUUAGAAACAAAAAUAAUGAAAGAUUCUGGCGUGACAGCGGACUUUGAAGAUGUGCAAAAUGUUAAACCAGAUCAAUCACUUGAAAAUUUACCGGUAUUUCGACGAACAAUUAUUGUUGAACCUUAUCCUGCUCAGCCUACUGCUCAAAUCCUUGUUAAACCUCGAACAGAUAUGAUCGGUAAAAUUCGUUUAUCUAAAAAUUCGAAACAAUCAACAAUGCAUAUUGUCAAUAGUGUAGACGCUGAUCAAAAUGAGGCGGUUGUUUGGUCAACAGAUUCCUUGCCUAAUCAGAAUCAAGAAACACCAAAAUUAAAGAAAAAGAAGAGAAAAAGUAUUACGAACACGACAGCGAAUAAUGAAAAGCCAUCAUUACAAUCGAAUUCAAUUCCGAAAUUUAAAAGUACAAUGAAACCAAAACCAUCGGCAAAAAAACGAAUUAAAAAUGCAUUUUAUUAA